AUGUGCUCUGCAGACAUCUUCCUCGGCCUUUUGGCCAUCCUCUUCCCCCCAUUGCCAGUUUGGGUCAAGCGAGGCAUCUGCUCCGCCGACUCCCUCAUCAACAUCCUCCUCUUCGUGCUAGGAUAUAUCCCCGGCCUGAUCCACGCCUGGUACAUCAUCGCCAAGUUCCCCGAACCAGGCUACGACUACGAGGGCAUCCCGCAAGACGACGAGCGCGGGCGCUUCUACGUCUUCGUCCAUGACGGCGGCUCGACCCAGGCCCGGCAGCCGCCGCGGCAGCCCAAGCCCCAGGGCAACAUGAGCUACGGGACCACCGACAACGCCAACAGCAGCGGCUCCGGCCCGAAGCCUUCCGCCGCCCCGGCACCUGGCCCGGGCCCGGCCCACGAUGCCGGCCAGGGCGGCAGCAGCAGCAACGACGGCCCCGCGCCGCCGAGCUACGCCCAGGUCGUGGCGGGCGAUCACAAGAUCCAGAGCCAGGAGUAG